GGAGGCUGGGAAUCUGACCUCUGUCAGCCUUUUUUCAGACAAGCCUGAGCAGAAUGUUCUAAAUCCAGCAAAGACGACCAUGUACUGGGAAGUCCGACAGGGAAAGCACCAGCCGCUCACCGACUCUCAAGAAGGACUUUUGAUUCCGAAACCAGGAGUCUCCUCCACUGAGCAGGAACCAGAAGUGAUUUUCAUCCAGACUAAUGAGGAAGAAGAGGCCUUUCCUGUCAGUGACUCAGGUGAUGACAUAAUGGAGAAUACAGAGCUGGCCAAGUGUAUCCUUCUUGGGGUAGAAGGAGACGGACAGACUGCAUCAGCGGAUGUGCCCGAACGCAGCGUUGCCGUGGCAGUUCAGCUUCACGAGCGAGACUGUGAAGCUCCUUCCUCACAGUGGAGAAUGAAGGACGAGCACAGAGAACUUUCUGGGCUGGUAGAAAUCCAGGCCAUGCGUAUGAGGGGUGCAAGGGAUCCCAGGACCCCAAGUUUCUUCUCUCCCGAGGCCAGGAGGACGUAUUGCCUCAAACCAGGAUUUGUGACGGACCAGAUGACCCAAACGGGAGAAUCGUCUUACGAAUGCCUGGUGUGUGAGAGAAUCUUCCAGAACAAGUCUCAUCUCACCAGACACCAGAGGAUCCACACGGGAGAGAAACCCUAUAAAUGCACAGAGUGCGAGAAGGCUUUUGGCCGGAAAGACAAGCUGAUCGGACACCAGCGAACUCACCACACGGGGAGGAAACCUUUUCAGCCCUUCGAAGGAGAGCAAGACUUUCCCUUCAGUAGUGCCCUGAUACAAAAUCAGACCCAAUAUAGUGAGAGGAGACCCUAUGGAUGCCCAGAGUGUGGGAAAAGCUUUCCCGUGAGUAGUAUGUUGAAAAGGCACCAAAAAGUUCAUGGCGCGAAAAAACCGUACGAAUGCUCCAAGUGCCGGAGACGCUUCCGCUGGAUCAGUGCUCUCAAAAGGCACCAGAAAACUCACGAACGGCUGUUUGAAUGCCUCGAGUGUGGAAAGACAUUCAACCAGAUAGAGACUCUCUAUAGGCACCAAACUGUUCACACGGGAGAACGGCGCUACAAGUGUUCCCAGUGUGGGCAAGGCUUUGAUCAGAGGGAGAAUAUGCUUCGGCACGAGAAGAUCCACACCGAGGAGAAAUACCAGUGCUCUGGGUGCGAUAAAAGCUUCAGUAGAAAAGAUACCAUGCUAAGACAUCAGAGAAUUCACCUAGAAGAAAACAGAACGGUCAAACAGGAGACUGACUGUGGUUAGACGUUUAAAGAAUCACAGGGCGCCUGUUGUGUAGAUGCUUCAGAGCAAAUGUGUAUACUCUGGGAGGGAAAUCUGUAGUGUGAAGCCAUUUACAGAGGGUUAUUAUGCCUCCGGAAAGUCACGGUUAAGUCGCUCAUUCCAAGCGGGCCUGAAGCACAUGUGCUUCUGCCUGCAUUUCGGGUACCCCCCCAAUCCAUGGGGAACCCUUCUUUUCUGAACAAAGUGUAGCAUUAAUAGUUAUGCAAGUUCCUACUGCCCUGUCUCUUUGGGCUCAGAGGCUGGACAUCCUCCGGUGGUCCCCAAAAGCAAGAAAGGGUGCAUGCUGCGCCAUGAUUUUUAACACGAACUAAUCCUCCAUUUUGUUUAACCACCUGCCCUUUAAGGGACGCUUGAAGUCUUGAGAGCUUGCUGGUAUGUCCUGUGUUAAAUAGGAAUCGGAUUAGUACUAACUAGACAGUAAAAGAAGGUGUCUGGUUAUCUGUUUGAAUAUCCAAAACAUUCUAUUGUUUUGGAUAUUCUUGUUUAAAAAAAUAUUUGAAGUUCGUUCUGCACUGCAUCUCCACAAAUUGAAACACCAAUGCAACUCCUGAGUCAAACAAUAGACAUUUAAUCAUCGUUAUCAUCAUCUAGAACUGCAAAGCAAGGAAGGGCCUCUAUGGUUUAUCGAGUCCAGCUCCUAUCAAGGAGGCCCCGUGGGGAAUCAAACUCCCUACCUAAGCCGCGGAGUUAUCCAGCCGUUCAUUCAAACAUAAGAAUCAAUGGUCAAAAGAGGACAUUAAGGCAGAAGGCCUAUCCGAGGUGCUUGAGGCAAAAGACGGCAUGACCUUGCCACAUUUCCGUUCCAUUAUCCCUGAGUAUAAACGGGUAUCAAAAGAGAGGCCUCCUUUCUUCCCUGGAGGAUUACUAGGACUGCACAAGAAACGGCAUCUGAAGGCAACAAAUGGAGCUCAAAGGAAACGGAACC